GUGUUUCAAAUGAAAUACCAAAGCAAUCCAAACAAUCCCCUACUGAAAGAACCAAAGUUUAAACAGAAAAACGAUAAACCUGUGAGAAAUGAUGCCGCGUUUUACAAUGCUUGGAAAUAUGUUUUUCUUGUUGUAAUUUUCUCGGGAGUUUUGGCAUUUGGUAUUUGUUUUCUUCUUCGAAAUUAUGGGGUAGGAAGAGAAAACCGCGAAUUUCAAACAAUGAGUGAAGAAGACGGAGAGAUUUGCGACAAAAAAGUAAUUGGAUACUUUUCUGAAUCUCACACGUCAGAGAUCACUAUUAAUCAUAUCUCUAAGCUGACACAUGCUGUUUUUGCAUUUGUUAUCAUGAAAUCCGAUGGAACAGUUAUGUUUCGUGAUAAGCUUGCCCAGGAACGGUUUUUAAAAAUACGAGACAUUGCAAAUCAAGCAUCCCCGAAAUUAAAAAUGUUGAUUUCAAUUGGCGGCCCUGCGAAUUCAGACAAUUUCUUGCCAGUCAUAUCCAGUCCCGAUAGAAAAAAGAUAUUCAUCAACUCUAUUGUUUCAUUCCUUAAGAAGUAUGACAUUGACGGAGUAGAUUUGUUUUGGAAAUGGCCGAGACUUGAGGAUAAAUAUUAUUAUUCUCGAUUCAUUUCAAUGCUAAAAGAAAGAUUUCAAAUGGAAGAAAAAAACUAUAUUUUGUCAAUAAUAAUUCCCCCAUGCGGAUUUGGAGGUUGGAACAACAAGUUCGACAUUGAGAAUAUUGUUGCAGUAGCAGAUUUUAUAAAUAUAUAUUCAAUGGAUUAUUAUGGUCCAUGGAAAAACCCAUACGGUAAUCCAACAGGACCGAUUUCCCCAAUUUACAAUGGAGCACAAGGAAGAGAAGCAUACAACGUUCAUAGCUCAGCUCUCACGUACUCUUGCAAAGUGAAACAAUCAAAAAAAUUCAAUAUCGUGAUCCCGUUUUUUGCAAGGCUCUGGAAAAACGUCGAAAAACCGAUUCAGCAUCCGGGGAGAGAGGUUUAUAGGAACGUUCAUCUUGUUCACGGUUCGGCAGUUGGAGAAAGUUUUAUGUCCAGAAAAUCUGUACUUGAAAAGGGAUACAAACUGAACUCGUAUAGUUAUGAUGAAUUAUCAAGAUCUGCAUUUAUCUACAAUUCGACAACAAAAGAAUAUCUUACUUUUGAAACAGAAAAAAGUAUUGAGGCUAAAGUGAAUUACGUAAAAGACAGAGCUUUGGCUGGUGUUUGGAUAUGGUUUGUCGACUUGGAUGAUGAAGAAAAUAGUUUAAUCAAUGCAGUCAAUUUUACUGGUUUAUGCAGUAGUGGGGACACAUUAAAAUUUGAUUGUCAUCAAAAGAAAAGUAAAAGUUUUGCAUACCUGUAAAAGUGUAAAAUAUCUUUUUUUUGUUUUUUUUAAACAAUUUCUAACAUUUUCCAAGUUAACCUGUAAUUAUAAUUUGUAAAUUCGACCCUACUUGCAAUAAAAUUUGAAACUAAUCUGAA